AUGUGGGUGGCAUGUGGAUGGCACGUGGGUGGCAUGUGGGUGGCAUGUGCAUGUGCAUGUGCAUGGCAGCAGGUGCAGGAGCGGUUAGCGCGAAGGGUGAAGGAUGGGGAGUUUUACGAGGCACAGCAGCUCUACAAGAGCCUCGCUACAAGGUACUCCUCGCAGUUCAAGUACGAGGAUGCCAUGGCGCUGCUGCAGUCAGGGGCGUGUGUGCAGUUGGAGCACGGGCAGGUGACCAGUGGCGGGGAGCUCGCUCUGCUGCUCACCGACUUACUCUCCUCCACCGAGACGCCCUGCUGGGAGGACUCCCUGGAGCGCAUCACCGCAGUGUACACCAGCUUCCCGCGCUCAACCGACCCAUCAGGUCUGCUCCCGGGUGAAUCCGAGGAGGCGGCCAGGCUCAGAGUGGACGGGUGCAAGCGCUUCCUCAGAGCCGCGCUCAAGUGGUCAGCCCAGUUCCCCGAGAUGCUAUCAGCCCCAUCCAGCCCCCAGGCGCAAGCAAAGCCCUCAUCGCCCACAGCGUCCUCCCCCGCCGCCCUGGCCUCCCUGGGCUCGCCAGCCAUUCACCUCAUGCUCGCCCACUGCCUCUCCUCCCAGCUGCCUCCUCAUAAACGGGACUAUGCAGCGGCGUUCUUCCACGUUGUGUACUCGGACGACCCCGCCCUCUUUGCUCACAGCCUGGCGGAAUACGCACAGCAGUGCUACCUCGGCGAGAGGGACCUCGUCACUGCCAGGGCUGUGCUCCAGUGUUCGGCAGCAGGGACUGCAGCGGCAAAUCUUUGGACCAUUCCUCGCCCAUGCCCUCCCUCGCCCAUGCCCCCCCUCGCCCAU